GCUUGUAGCGAGAUGUCUGGCAGGGGCAAGGGCGGCAAGGGGCUCGGCAAGGGCGGCGCCAAGCGCCACCGCAAGGUGCUGCGCGACAACAUCCAGGGCAUCACCAAGCCGGCCAUCCGGCGCCUGGCUCGGCGCGGCGGCGUCAAGCGCAUCUCGGGGCUCAUCUACGAGGAGACGCGCGGCGUGCUCAAGGACUUCCUGGAGAACGUGAUCCGCGACGCCGUCACCUAUACGGAGCACGCCAAGACUGCUCAGCCUAUCGACGCUCGUCCGUUUCUCUGGGAGGGGAUAUAA